GCACGACGCACGCAUGCAUACUGUAUGUACGUACAGUCACCACAAACCCCUCAACCAAGUGGGGCAAAGGCAUAUAUAUGCGUGUAUCUCAUUUUCGUUUUCACUUUGUCCUGGUCAUAUGCGCAUUCCAUUGGUUGUUGCGUUAUUGGCAUCGGUCGUUGCGGCGGCCUUGAACGACGCCCAAGUUGACAACUCCCGUGUAAACGCGGCAGUAGUGGAUGACGACGUGUUCCAAGUCGACAACUCCCGUGUGAAUGCCACCACGGAAGCCACGGUUCGCGGGAUCGACGGCCGUUUACGAACCGUUGACCAAGAGGCCACAAUCCAAGACGAUGCCGACACGAACCGCGCGUGCCACAACCAAAACAGCGGGUACUUGGCGACGCUCCAAAAAGGAAAGUACGCCGCGAGUACGUUCCACAACUGCUUUCGCACCACCGAUCAAAUCUACGAGUUCUUGGACAAGAUUGUGACCCAGAACAGCAACGUGUUGACCAAGUUUGCAGUGUCUCGGACGUUCAAGGGAGCCACGAUCUACGGGUACAAGCUGUCCAAGUCGGCGACUGCGACUAAAUCGUUGUACUUUCAGUCGCUCCAGCAUGCCCGGGAAUGGAUAGCCGGGUCAUCGCAUCUGUUUACCAUUGCCUCGUUGUUGGACGACGUUGCCAACAACAAACCGUCCCCCGCAGACACUUACAACUUGAUCUUUGUCCCGAUUGUCAACAUUGACGGGUACGCCCUCACGUGGAACGGCAACCGGUACCAGCGCAAGAAUGCCAACCAAGUCGACUUGAACCGCAACUGGCCGAGCCUACCCAACCCCCGCCCCCCUCCCCCCUCGGACGAAACGUACCCCGGCCCUCGCCCGUUCUCGGAACCAGAAUCCAAGGGUAUUGACGGGUGGCUCAAGGCGCGCCGCACCGAGUUGGACGGGUUCGUGGACAUCCAUUCGUAUGGAGGGCUGUUGUUGUAUCCGUACGGCGACACCAAAAGCCCAAUUGGUAGCGGAUACGACGCCAAGUUUAAGACCCUCGGUGCCAACUUGCAGCGUGUAAUGGGGGCAUACAAGCCUCAGCCAGUGUGGAACCUGUACUUGGCAUACGGUGGGUUCUCGGACUAUGCGUUCCGUGAGUUCAAGAAGCCGUCGUUCACAAUCGAAGUGGUCGGAAACGAUUUCGCCGCCCCUGCCAGCACGAUCCGCACCCGCGGCAAAGAAGUGUACAACGGCGUCGUGCAAUUCUCCAAGGAAGCAGUCACGUUCAACCGUGCGGCUGUAGCGGCGGACGGUGCCGAUAUCGUCGACCCAGCCAAUUAACUAGCGUUGUGUGUGCCGUGUAUUGUUUGUUGUGACCAUGGGCCGACACGAUGUAGUACGUUUCUACGCUUUAACGUUAACGUCAAUCAAACAUUUAUUGUGUUGAGCAAGCA